AUGGCUGCCCCAGACGCACCGAUUGUAAACCGUUGGACCGAUUUCGACCCUCUGGAGGAGGUAAUCCUCGGAGUUGCAGAUGAUGCGUGCUUUCCUCCGCUCGAGCCCGCUUGUCAAAGCGAGUUCAACGACCAGCAUACCAAAUAUGGUAACGACCAUAAGUUGUAAGGGUGAGACUAGUUUUCGUUUUUUCAUGUUCACCUGCAUAGGAGCAGAAGGAUGAAGCACGGUACUCGCAUUCUAGCAAGUUUUCGAUAGACAUAGCCGUAGAACCAUGGAAAGUACUACUUACCUAUCUAGUAGAAUACAUUAUCCUCCAUUGAUUUGUUAUGCGCAUAAGGUGCCAAAAUGAGUCACGCUUUUUCCGAGUGGAUGCCAUGGCCGACGGGACCAAAACUGCGAAGAUUCAUCGAGGGAGCAAACAAGGAGUUGGAGGGUAAAAGUAGCUUAUUCUUAGAUGUCUAGACAACAUUUGAACUUUGAUAGGGUAGAAGUAUGGUUUUUGAUAACUCUUGAUAACUUUUCAACCAUUUUUUAGGAAGCACACAAAAAGUAAUGGCCUCUGUGAGCAGAAUCUUUUUUCAUCUCACGCGAAAUGUUUUUUCAACUAUCUAAGGUUCACAAGCCCAUUUUGUUGAUCAUGUUGCUGUAUUAUACUCCAGAGUCAUGUAGAAUGCUAAAAAGCAAAUUGGAGGACAAGUGUCUCGUGUAAUAUUGGUUGAAUUUUCAUGUUGAAGGGAAUAUCCAGGAAAUUUCAGUUAUAUUGCAUUUUGAUUAGAUUCCUUUCCUGAUGAAGAGCCUUCAUCCACAAUCAAAACUGACUCAAAGUCAAAUCUUCAGAAUUUUCUUUGAGUCAUUACUACGAGUGUCAAUUGGGCAAUAUAUUACUUGGAUAGGAGAUAAGACUCAUAGUUUUGAUGAAGACUAGACCUAUUACCACAUAUUUGGCGACUUUUUGAUGAUGUUCUUGAUUCCUUCAAAUGAGCUUAACUUCAAUGCUGAGUAAUAUUCUCAAGGAAACUCAUGGAAUAGCUUAUUCUAAUUGAAGUGUGAGACCAUUUUGCUAUGGUGUGCCACUUCACAAUCUCGACUAGUUUCUAUUUCGCUGUGUACUUCGAUGAAAUUUGUUCCUCCAUUCUGGGCAAGACUGAUAAUUUCAUUUAGUAAAAUCGAUUAGACUCAAGAUAUCCCAUGCAUCAUCGCACUUGAUCUAAACAUCCCUGCAGGUAUGAAGGAUGUGCUGGAAGGAGAGGGAGUCAUUGUGAAGCGCCCCGAUCGAUCUUUGUGCAAGUUUAACACGGCAACAAAAACACCGGAUUUUGAGUCGCCAAACCAGUACUGUGUCGUAUGCCCGCGUGACGUCGUGAUGACAAUUGGUAUUGCUUAUGAAUUUGUUUUUCUUUGUGAUGAUUGAUGAGUUUUUACGUUAAGAAAGCGCGCUAGUUUUCUAUUUCAAAGUUCUCAUGAAUGAAUGAAUGAACUGCAUGAUGAUCAUACGACUACUACUGGUGGUAAAUACUCGGCACGACCUGGACUCCAUCUCCACCCUGUCCUCACACAUGAUUUCUUAGGUAAUGAGAUUGUGGAGGCUACUAUGUGCAAGCGAUCUCGGUUUUUCGAAUAUCGCCCCUUCCGCACUUUGAUCCGGGAAUAUUUUGACAACGAUCCGCGUAUGAUCUGGACCGCAGCACCGAAACCGAUGAUGGCCGACAGCAGUUACAACACCGCCUUCUGGGACUGGUCUGUCGAGGAGCGUAUCGAACGUAUGCACAAGUACGAGUACUGCCUCUCGGAGAAAGAGGUUUUCCUUCAUCAAGCUUUAUUUUCUUGCUACUAAAUUUCAAGAUCAUGAGAUUUGUUUUCUUUACUCCCAGCGCCAGCGAGUAGGAAUAUAGCACGUGAACAACGAUACUUCUUGAUGCUUCAUCCAGUCGUGAAUUGCUACCGUAAACCCACAAGCAUACAGUCUAAACCUCGUCCAGCACAAAAUUUUUUUCAAAAAGUAGGAACGUUUUUCCUCUCAGAUCAUGUUCGAUGCAGCUGAUUGCUUAUUGAUCGGAAAUAUGAUGUUCGUGCAGCAAAGCAUGGUCACCAAUCUUGCCGGUAUCCGAUGGCUCAAAAGGCAUUUCGCACCAAAGGGAAUUCAGGUCAGCUUAAAGUUUUCUUGUGGUACGUCAAUAUUCCGAAUUCUUCUUCUUGUAGGUAGUGGAUAGAACAUGGUGAUGGUCUCUUCGCUUCAAUUUUCAAGCUCUUGUGUACUUGCUUGCCAUUAACAAAGAACUAGUACAACUACAUCAAUUAUAGUUGUAAAAGAACUUCUACUCGCACUCCUGGUGCUACUAGAGAGCAACGACCAUUUAUUUUCUUCAUUCCAUCAUCAAUCUUUUUGUGAUUUUCCAUGUCGUCAUGCCAGGUCCACACUCUUCAUUUCCCGUACGAUCUGUAUCCAUCACACACUGACUGCACCUUUGUUGCGGUGAACGGAAACACGGUUCUGACAAAUCCGGAUCGACCAGUCGUAGAAGAGGAAGUAAAAAUCUUCCGCCAGAAUGACUGGAGAUUGGUAGAACUACAAUUGAUGUAUUUUUAUAGAGGCAUUCAUUGAUUAAAAUCUUCAGACUGUGUUUUGAUUCACGACCAUAAUGUUGUUCAUGAAGUAGAGUAAGUACCAAUUAGGUACUGCACUAGCUGACUAGGAGCUAAGACUUUAGAUGUUGGGCCAGCAGCAGGUGCCCUUCUACUUUUCAACUUCAAAUAUUAUAUGUCAGAUUGAUGUUCCGUACUACACGACGGACAAGGAGCAUCCUAUUAUGUGCCAGUCGUCAAGAUGGUUGUCUAUGAACAUUUUUUCUAUCGGCCCGAACAAGAUUGUGGUGGAGGAAGGAGAGAAACCGCUUAUCAAUAUGCUCGAAAAGGAGCUCGGCUUCGAUGUCAUCCCGAUUCCCUAUCGCCAGGUACUGCAUGUAAAGUUCUUUAUUUUUUCUACUAUAACCUAGUACUUUAUUUUUUCUAAUACACAACACAGCUCCCACAAGUAGAUGUGGCAAUUUAGACCCAGCAGCUCGGCCCACACCCGAGUUGUGCUUUCGCUAGUUCGGAUAAACAUUCUUUAGGUGAAGAUGGUCGUGUAUCAGGAAAUCCUAAUGAAAAAAUACAUUUUUUCCAUUGCUAACUAAAAAAUAGGUCUUCGAAUUCGGUGGUUCGCUGCACUGCUCUACGUGGGAUGUGCGCCGCACGGGAACUUGCAAAGACUACUUUCCGAACCGCGAGGAUAUUGAGGAUGUUGGUCUCAAUAAUUUGACAGACCUGCCAUAACUUCUCAGCUACAUUUGAGAAUGAUCAUGUCAUGUUUCUUCAUUGUUGAAAAUACAUGUCACGAACGCUGAAGUAAACAGUAGCACGAACAGAAUAUAUUUGAUUUGAAAAACAAUCACAGUAACAUGUACAUGUAGUGAUCGUACUACGAUGACCACUAAAACUAGAUGACUCUGAUCUUGAUAAUGACAUUCAUCGACAUACUCAUCCUCACCGAUAUCCGUGCGUAUUCGCGGCAAAGGUCAUGGUGAUGUGUCAGUUUGAUCGUAGUUUCUUAACACUCAAGAAUAAGGUCGUUACGGUUAAAUACCUUCAUCAAAGACAUUCCAAUUUUUAUAGACCAUAUGCAGCUCGUGCUCGCUCGGAUUCUUCUUCGCAACGCAUGAUCAGUAGUCCCUCGCUUCAAUGAAAUUUAUAAGAUCAGGACGCUGUCGUGUUGCUGAUGUAAGUGAACGCGUAGUAAUAUCUUGCCUUCCCUCGCUCUCGUCGAUGUAAUAGAUUCUUACAGAAACAAAUGAUGUCCGCGAACUACAGGAACUAUCUCCUCACAACAUUAUAGCCGAACAGAAAUUUAUGUUUAUCAAAUUUGAACUUUUCGACUAUUUCCGUUUUAUUGUUUUCGCUGCCUUCCGCCCAACGAACUGAUUGACAUCGUGGUUAACUACUUGUGCCGUGGCGCAUACCGAAGAGGCCGAAAUGUCGCGAACGGAGUAGCCUCUGCCCAAACCUACUGUCUCAUCUGGUGCCUUGUCUCUGCGACGAUAACUCUCUUAGUAGAAGUCCACGGAAUAGGCACGAUCAGGGAGACUUACGACUGCGAACAGAGGCGGCCGACCACGGUCUGCAAGCAGCUGUAGGAUCACUAGAAGAUGCGUGUAAGAUGCGGCUCGCGUGAAGAUGUACUACUAGUAUUGCCUACAACCGAUCGCGAUUCAGAUUCCCGUUCGUUGCGAAUAUUAUAAGAUACAAACAAAUAAAUGCUUACUGGUUAAUGCCACUACUUGCCUUCUCAUUGCGUUUCAUUGCAUGGGGGGUCAUAACACCUCGUGCUGCCAAGACGGUUGUAGUACUUGAGUCUUCUGCCCCAUACGUUAUUUCAUAUGACUUCCCCAACUCGUUUGCGUUUCUUGAUUAUACUAGAGGUUGCGCCGCUCUUCAUCAUGAUCACAUCCGCAAGUCUUGGCUUGUGGGAUCAUGAUGAUGAUUGAGUACCGAGACUUCCUCCUUCAUCACAUCAUUUUCUCCUGCUCUUCGCCAUCGUACCCUCCAGCCCUUGCAAAAACAAUUAGAAUGGUUUACGCAUCCCUUUGAUGUUUUAUUAUCAUUCCACGUAUCUAUACAUAUUAGGUAUGCUGGUGUAUGGAUGCUAGAGAAGUAAAAUUACUUGUAUACGUGUAUGCAUCAUUCGUAUACCGACCUAUUAUUCAUGGUUCCAUGAGAUUGUCUAUAAAAACGAAUUCUAGUUGAAUUCAUUUCAUUUUCAGCAGCAUUAUGCAUUUUCAUUCGUUGAACAGGACGCCAGCAGCGUGUGCACGAGCUAAGAGGACCGCAUCAAUGAGUCAGUCCGUAACAGCCCCCUCGCCAGUUCGCCUCUCUCACCCUAAACUAGAUGAAUAAAGAUUGAUACAACAACUAGUCGACCAGGAUUCUUAAUGUUGUACAGGAUCUUCACAAUACUUACCAAAUGAAGGGUUCCCCAUGCGAUCCGGAGGGGUCGCUCUUCCUUGCCAUACCUUCUACUUCCUUGUUAUUUUUUAUCUGUAAGGCUCGAUCGCUACAUCUCUAAUUAUCCGAUUAUUGAUGUUGGGUCUCUAGCGCGGGUAUACAAGUAUGGCGAUGGACAGAAAAAAUAGUUAACAACUAUGUUGAGCGCACUUUCAUCUGAGUAGGAGUUUCAACUGUUUGCCCCUCAUUCGACAUCCUUUCUUCUGUAUCAUCUUCACGGCCAUAAUUGCAUCCUCAUCUCCGAAGAUCUCGUAUGAUUCGCACCCACCUACUCCUAGAUGAUACUAAAACAGUAUAAUUUGGUACCACCGAAAUUGUGCUUUUUUCAUCUCUUAUUUUCUCGCAGAUCAGUCCAGAACAACUAAAUUCUUGAUCCUUUUGUUUCAUCUCCGGAGUUUCAACGCGAUUACAGUCCUCGAAGAAGCAGAACUAUCGAAAGCGGGUCAGACAGUUUCCUAUGAAUGUGCGCUCAACGCUACACAAGAGAGUACUCAAGAGAUUUAAACAAGUCAGCACUAACACCGACUACAUUCCUUAGUGUUGUAGUUUAGGGUCCUCCAUGUUGGGACUUUUCGAUCACAGUAAAGCAUGGUCAGAAAAUGUUAAGUUACCAUUCGUAUCAUUCUUGAUCUACUAGAAGAUAUGACUAUUUACUCAGCUAACUAUGAUGCAAGCUGGAGCUGACACGUCAGUGCCAAAGUCAAGCCGAGAGAAAUUCAACAAAAUCUAAAUUUUCUUAGAGGUAUGCAACCAUUUAGGAGUUCGUGAGAAAAUUCAUCUCACAGGCGAUGAUUGGACCUCAAAGCGAGUGCGAGCCCUUCAGUUCUUAAAAUCUUCUUAACAUCAAGAUUCUUAAAUUGCACGCUUCUUCAGACGAGCAUGUUCCACGAUUUUGCAGUGUCUCUCUUCUUUCU